AUGAGGAAUGCAUUUCAUUGUGAUAUCAAAAAAGCUCCAAUAACAAAAGGCCGCUGGUGGAACGUGUUUGACUGGCACAGUCCGACAGACAGCUUCUACAUGAACACGCCCUGGCACAACUCCGUGGACGUCAGCGCGAGAGAACUUCUGAGGAAAGAAGGAGUAAAAGAAGAAGACGAAGAAGUGACUUAUGAGGAUCUCAGAAAACCUGUUUAUGAAAAACCUGCUUUGGAUCUAAACGCGCUGGGUGAACUGGGGAAAGCUGUCACACUCAAACUGAGCGAGGAAGAGGGGAAUAAACAAGAGGAAAGCAUCAACAAACACCAGAUUAACAUUUACCUGAGUGAUAAAAUCUCAUUACAUCGUAGACUGGCUGAAAGAUGGAAUCCCCUCUGCAAAGACUUGAAGUAUGACUACAAGUCCCUGCCCACGACUUCUGUGGUGAUAGCUUUUUACAACGAGGCCUGGUCCACUCUGCUCCGGACCGUGCACAGCGUCCUGGAGACCUCCCCGGACAUCCUCCUCAAAGAAGUGGUGCUUGUUGACGACUAUAGUGAAAAAGAACAUUUAAAAAAACCGCUGGAGAAAUACAUCAGCAGUUUAAAAAAAGUGCGACUUAUCCGGGCGACUAAACGUGAGGGUCUGGUGCGGGCAAGGCUGCUAGGGGCCUCCAUUGCGACGGGGGACGUCCUGACCUACCUUGACUGUCACUGUGAGUGCCACGAAGGAUGGCUGGAGCCACUGCUGCAGAGGAUCAAAGAGGAGCCUAGUGCUGUUGUGUGUCCUGUUAUUGAUGUAAUAGACUGGAACACAUUUCAGUACAUGGGGAAUUCGGGGGAACCUCAGAUUGGAGGUUUUGACUGGAGGCUCGUGUUUACCUGGCACUCUGUUCCUGACUAUGAACAGAAACGCAGGCAGUCGCCGACAGAUGUCAUAAGGUCUCCCACCAUGGCGGGGGGUCUGUUUGCUGUGAGGAAAGACUACUUCCAGUAUCUUGGGACAUAUGACACAGGGAUGGAGGUGUGGGGCGGAGAAAACCUGGAGUUCUCCUUUAGGAUUUGGCAGUGUGGUGGCAGCCUUGAGAUCCAUCCGUGCUCCCAUGUGGGUCAUGUGUUUCCCAAAAAGGCCCCAUAUGCUCGGAGUAAGGCUCUUGCUAACAGUGUGAGGGCAGCUGAGGUCUGGAUGGAUGAGUUCAAGGAGGUGUACUACCAUCGAAACCCGCACGCUCGACUGGAGGCUUUUGGGGACGUUACAGACCGAAGAAAGCUGAAGGAACGCCUCGGCUGUCAGAACUUUCGGUGGUACUUGGACAAUGUUUACCCUGAUAUUCACGUCCCGGAGGACCGGCCGGGCAUGUAUGGAAUGUUGAAAAAUCGAGGGAAGAAAAACUACUGUUUUGACUACAACCCUGCAGAUGAACAUUCCAUUGUGGGUGGAAGGGUCAUCUUGUACCCGUGUCAUGGCAUGGGCCAAAAUCAGUUCUUUGAAUUCUCCAUGGAUGGUGAGAUCCGCUAUAAUACGAGGGAGCCUGCAGGUUGCAUGGCGGGGGAUAACGUCAGUACUUUCCUGACCGUCCAACUGUGUCGGAAACGAGGCCAGGCUGUACCCGCUGACCAACAGUUUAUCCUAAAGGAGGAUGGGACUCUUUACCAUGUGAUGAGUCAGAAGUGUGUGAACGCCUUACACACGGCCGAGGAUGAGACGCCUGCCCCUUCGCUACAGCCGUGUUCCAACACGCCGUACCAACAGUGGUACUUUGAAGAACGAAUAUAA